AUGCGCCCUUUACCCACUUUCCUUCUCUCUCUCACCACCCUCCUCUCCCUCUCAUGCCUUGUUUACGCCUCGGCGGGCGACCGUGACCAGCGCUACCAAACCUGCACCACCGUCUGCUACGGCACGCGGUGCCUCACCAACCCUCCUCCGACUCUCCCGCUCUCGCUCCGGCUAACACAAUGGUCCUGCGUCGACGACUGCAAGUACCAAUGCAUGCACGCGCUCACGGACGAGGCACUCACACUCGGGCGGGAUGUGCUGCAGUACCACGGCAAGUGGCCGUUCUGGCGCUUCCUGGGCGCGCAGGAGCCCGCGAGCGUGGCGUUCUCGCUGCUCAACCUGUACUUCCACGUCCGUGGCGGGCUGCUGGUGAAGCGCAAGGUGCCGCGGGGGCAUCCGAUGAGGCGGUAUUAUCUAGCGUGGGCGGCGGUUAGUGCGAAUGCGUGGGUGUGGAGUGCGGUGUUCCAUACGAGGGACUUACCGCGAACGGAGAAGUUGGACUACUUCGCGGCCGCCUCUGCGAUCAUGUAUGCGCUGUACUACACCGUCAUCCGCCUCUUCCAGCUCUACUCGCCCUCGCCCUCACGGCCAUCCUCUAUGCCGUCAGCUACUGCCCCCUCUUCCCCAAAUCAUCGCUCCCUGCGCAUAGCCUGGUCUCUCCUCUGUGUCGGCGCAUACCUCGCACACAUCACGUACCUCAGCGUCCUUCCUCGAUUCGACUACACCUACAACAUGGCGUUCAACCUCAUCCUCGGGCUGCUGCACAACCUCCUCUGGGCCCUGUACUCUCUGCCUUCCUCGUUGACGCCUUCCUUCCUUCGGCGUUUCCCCUUCGCCGGGAAAGGGUACAGGCCACCGUACGCGGGGCAGGCAGCGCUUUUCGUGCUGCUCACGACGGUUGCGACGUCCCUCGAGCUGUGGGACUUCCCCGCAUGGGGACGGGUCAUUGACGCGCAUGCACUAUGGCAUCUGAGCACAGCGCCGAUUGUGAAGUUUUGGUACGAGUUCCUCGUAAGAGACGCGUUGGACGAGGGGUGGUAUUCGCAAGCGAAGGACAUGAAAAGGUGCGUGUCAUAUUAA